CUGAAAAUGGCGGGUACUAUAUUAAAUAAUUUUGAGCGCCUUAUGCGUGUUUACGCUCGUUUGAUCACCCACAACUAUCAAUCAAUCGUAUUUUUUUUUAAUCGACAUGGAUGGUGAUUAUUACUUCACUGUGUAUACAUGGUUUGAAAAAUGUGGAAUUAUAUCCAACAUCAGAACACACCUCCGUCAGAACUUGGUGAAUGCUCUGAAGCACAAGGAUUUAACGCUGUGUAAGAGUAGAGAGGCAAGAUCAGCAAAGCAGUAUGUUUACGACAUGUUGAUAGCCGAAUAUCUGUUCAGCCACAAUUAUUCUUUCACUCUGUCGAUAUUUGCCAGCGAGGUACCACUUUUGGUGAACUUUUGCAACAGCGUACCGCAACAGCGCACCUCUAAUGACAAUGAUGGAGGUGGUUGUGGCAAUAAGUUGCAGAGUGAUUACAUAGUACAUACUCUGGAAACAUUAGGGAUUGAUCCCAGCAAGCCAGAAGGCCAGUACAUUAUAUCAAAUUAUAUGAAUACCGAAGCACCACUAUUGCUGUCCAUUCUGAGCUCCAUAGCUUCACUGCUCACGGUCAACACUCAGUCUUCAAGCAAAAGUUCCUUGUGCGACAAGAAAACACAAGCUAAUUUACCUUUGGAAGCAAGUUUUUCAGAGGCAACAAAAAUGCGUGCAGCGAGGAAGAAGCUUAUGCAACAGAAACAACAGUACGAUGAUGAAUUGAGGAUAAAAGAAGGCAAAUUGAAGCAGCAAGCCUCCAUUAUAAAACAUCAGCUUGGUUUGUUAAAUGCAAAAAUGGUAGAAGCUCAGAAUUUAAUGCAGUCUUUAAUGCUGAAAGAGAAGCAACUGAACGAAAAGAAAGACAGCAAUGCACAAUGCAUCUUGCAGAAGGAGAUGGAGCUCUCUAUGAAGCAGAAUUUCUUAACACAAGAAGCCAACAGAUUGCAGAGAGAGCGGGAUAGUUAUAAAAAAUUCGAGGGCGGUUUGAAGAAGCUGCAGCGGGAACUCGUCAAGAUGCAGAAGGAGAUGCCGCAGCAAGGCACAUCGAGUCAGAACAACGUCAGGGAUAUUCACGUACAAACCGAUCUGGAGAGCCACACGAUAAUGGACGAAUGCAGAAUUCUGCAGCGGGAGAACCUGGAAUUGACGAGCCUCGUGCAGGAGCAACGAUCGAGGAUCGAGGAGAUCACGCUGCGCAGCCUCCAGCUGGCUCGCCAGCUGGAGGCGGCGCGUUCGAUCGGCGUUGAGAGACCGGCCAAAACCGCCCACGCCGACGAGGCGAUCGUCAGCGAAUGCAGUUCCGCGGAGAAUCUUCUGCAGGACGCGAAGAUGCGGCUGAAACGCUUGGAAGAGGAGACAGCGAAAGUAGACAAAUAUUUUUGCAGCUUCAUCGACAUCUCCUCUUCGUAGCCGGAAUAGAAUAUUCUAAAAUAGUUAUGUAAAAUUAAUCUAUUUAUUUAUUUCAUUAAUAUUAUGUGCAUGUAUAAUUAUUUAUUUAUCGUUAUAUAUACACAGACUGUCAUUUUAAUCGAUCACUUCCAUAAACGUUUUUAAAUGGAACCACUAAAUUCUUUCAAAAUAAACAUUCCUUGUAAUUUUCAGGAUAAAAAGUUAUAAGGGUAAGAUGGUAAAAAAAUG